UACAGUACACGAGUACUACAGACAUAUUUAGAGAUCGACCACCAGCCUGCCGCUACCACCGCGGCGCAUCGUGACGGGGGUUCUACGCCAUGGCCACCUCGACCCCCGUCGGUGUCGACAUGCCGUCUCUGCCCUCAACCACGAUGGAGCAAGGCGACCAGCAAGCACAGGCCGCGGCAACCAUGGGGAGUGAGGACUCGGAGCAGCAAGAACAGACAACCGGCGAGAUUUGCAAGCAAGGGUGGCCUAAAAGAGCACUUCAAGAAUUUGAAAAAAAAGUUCACGGAUCUUUUCUUUUGCUUGAAAUGCUGCUUCAGCUGCGGAUUGUGUUGCGUGGAGAUGUGGGCCCCGAUUACUGCCACCUUCCUCAUCUAUUGGCUCAUCUACCGCCCGGAUCGCUUCCACCCACGCACGGACUCCGCCGUCCUCGCCACCUUCCACAUCACCAACGACAGUCUCCGGUAUGACCUCGCCGUCGACCUCAGCCUCCGGAACACGCAGCGCGUCUCAAUCCUCUACCUGGACGUCGCGGCAUCCAUGUACUACAACGGUACCAGGCUUGGCCCCACCGACGACGCGCUCCCGAGCUUCCGCCAGGGACCCAAGAACACAAUUGUGUUACAUCCAGCGUUCAAUGGCGUGGUGACCGUGGACUCCGGUGUGGUGGCAGAGCUGGAGAGGGAGCGCGCGGCGGGGACGGUGCACCUGAGGGUCACCGUGUCGCUCACGCUCAUGUACAAGGUGUUGUUCAUCAAGGACAUCUUCUUCUACAAGUACGACUGCUGGCUCUGGUUCCCGCCGCCGAGCAACAGCACGCCGGUGCUCUUUUACGGCGACGGCACCAAGUGCUGGCGCAUUUGACGCAUUUCCAUUCUCUGUCAUUGUUGGUUGCUGCCUGCGAUUACCAUUUCUCGAGACAGUCUAGCAAAUUUCCAUACAUGGAAAUCGUACCCUCUGCAAUUCUAUUUUGGAUACUACUAGAAUAUAUAAUUGUACCCCUCAAAAAAAAAAGAAUAUAUAAUUGUAUUUGU